CCUGGGACAACUUUCAUUCCCUUCUUGGAGAGGCAGAGAGAGAAGAGAGGGAGGAAGCGAAGCUGCCUUAAGGUAAGAGAAGACCAUGAUGGCAGUCAUAAUUGCUUCCUGACAAUACAAAGAGUCACACAGAAAGAUCAUGGGAGGAUCUGCAUUUUAAAGGUCUGUUUUCCAUUCAUUUAUUUGAGAUAUUAAUCUAUCUUCUGGUACUUUUUCAUAAAGUGAAUAUUUUGGACUACUUUUUGUCAAGCUGUCCAGUCGACAAAACAAAUGGGAAUUGGUGCCGUUGAGCCUUUCAUCUGGAAAAAUGCACUGAAUGGGAGAUUCUGCCUAAUAUGGCCAAUUGUGACCUUUACCUCUACUGGAAUGGACCCGAGUUCAUGACUUUGUUACCAUGGUGAUGAUCUUAACUACUACAACUCUGGAAAACAAAGGUGCUGAUUCUCUAUCAUGCAGGACUGAACUGCACACUCCAAAGAAGAUGAGUCAAGGAUCCACACUCUUCUCAUGUGGAAUGAUGGAAAAUGACAGAUGGAGAGAUCUCAGCAGGAAAUACCCCCUUCAGGUCGAACAGCCAAGUGCCAACAUUUGGGACUGCUUGUCUAACAAAAGUGAUGAAAGCUCCUUAUGGCAGAGGGAGCCAGCUAACGCAUGCUCAGUAACCAACUUGAUCAAGGAUCUCAGCCUUAGCGACCGCAAUGGCAACCCUUCAGCACCUCCCAGCAAACGCCAGUGCCGAUCACUCUCUUUUUCCGAUGAGAUGUCUAGUUGUCGGGCUUCAUGGCGGCCCAUGGGAUCAAAGGUCUGGACUCCUGUAGAAAAGAGACGCUGCUACAGCGGGGGAAGCGUGCAGCGUUACUCCAAUGGAUUCACAACCAUGCAGAGAAGUUCAAGCUUUAGCCUUCCUUCCAGGUCGAGUACUCUUUCCUCAUCAUAUGACCAGAUGGGAUUUAGCAAUAGAUUUGGCUGUCCGCCAUGCCACGGAAUGCGAAAGUCAGCCACGUAUGGACAGACAAGUGAUAUUUGGGGUAAUGAUCAUGGCUCUUCUGAGAGUGGCAGGAUUGACAUUCAGCGAUCUCUCUCUUGUUCCCAUGAUCAAAUUUCCUUUUCGGAAUAUUGUCUGCCCUCAGCAAACAGCACACCUGCCUCGACACCAGAGUUGACAAGGCGCUCCAAUGGGCUUUCUCGAAGUCGGUCUCAACCAUGUGUCCUUAAUGACAAGAAAGUUGGAAUUAAGCGAAGACGACCUGAAGAGAUAAAGGAACCAAGACCUUCAUUGGACCUUGUCAAGAUGACACAGAACUGUCAAACUUUCAACAGUCUUAGCACCACAGUUGAUGACUGCCCUCAGCAGAACCAGUUCUCCCUUGGCACCAGCAGCAAUAACUCAUGGGCCACCAACGUGGAUGUCAUGCCUGGCCGGACACCAGCCUGCACCCCUGUGCCAGAGCCUCACUCAAAUUCAGAAGAACAUCACCCUAGCCAGGAAGAAGACUUCUCCUACGAAGACUCAGAUUUCUGUGCGACAGAAGAUGAGAAUAGUAGGAAAGAAGUUGAGCACUCCUCAUGGAGGAACAGUGGGACUGGUGGGGAUAACAUCUUUCAGUUGGGGGGUGAAUUAGAUAUUGAGCAAAUAGAAAACAACUGAGAGCACUAAGGGGGAAGGAUUUGCCUGCACCAAGGCUUUUAGCAGUGGCAAACUCACACAUGUUAACGCAAACCAGAGGAGAAAAUUCCACAUUUUCCCCUCUCCUUGGCAGGUCAACCAGUACAAAAAGCUUUGCCAAAAUGUGUUUAGCUUUUUUGGGGGGAACUUAUUAGAACUACUGUAGCUCUUCAUAGGGAAAACUCCCAAUGUUAACAUCAACGUAUUUAAAAGAAAAAGCUCUGUGGAUGUAUCAAAACUUGAAAGGAAAGACCAAAAAUUCCUGGUCAUUAUUUUUUUUUUUCAAAAUAGGCUAAUUUGCCGCCUAGAGAGUCAACAGGUCCAUCUUUUGAUGGGAAUGGCAUUUGGUAAUAUAAAUAAGCUUUUUUUUUUUUUUGCUGUUGGCUGAUAUAAAUUGCACCUCCGCUAUCCUUAUCAAAGGAGCAAAAAGUGGAGAUUAUCAUUAUGAUUUGAAUUCAUUUUCUGUCGUUCUUUUUAGAUCACCUAUUCAUAGAUCUUACAGAAUCUCACAAAUCAAAUUUCUCAUGCUAUAUGUAAAGUCAUAAUUCCAAGAAUCACAGUGGUUUGUUAUGAUUUACUAAACACACACACACACACACACACACAAACACCAAUAAUAUGAAAAGAAAGCACAGUGGAUUUUCAUCCAUAUUAGUAAAAGAGAUCUGUGCUUAUUAAGAGGCCUCCUGAUACAAAUCAAACAUACAGGUAUCAUUCGCAAUCCGCUCUUCCCCAUCUUCACCUGGACCAGAUUUAAUGGGUUGGAUGCACUCUUUGACUGCUAGUUCAUGGUUGCAAGAAGAGGGCAGAGGCUUUGUCUAGAAAAGUAAAAAUAUUGAGAACAUUUUUGCACUCUUGAUAUUUUAGUGAAAUCUCAAGGAAUAAUGAAAUUAAAUUGGUGAUACUAUAACCUGCGAAGAACUGCUGAUUUCAGGUAUAUGGUUUAAUAUGGGGGAGAGAGAGAUAAUUUAGUUGUUGGCAUCUGAAAAGGGAUCAUGGCUCUUAUCCGGGGUGAAGUCUCUUAAACCUGCGUUUUGCACCAUUUCUCGUCCUUGAUAUAUAGUCUAUCACAUUCAUCAGUAUAAAAAAAAUUAAAGAUAAAUCUCGUUUUUCAGCCAUUACUCAGUAUUUAGGUAUUUUCAUCAAGUGAAAAAAUAGAAAUAAUAUAGAGUAUAUACAGCAUUGUGUUACUUCUAUCUUAGGUGAAAAGCAAUAGCCCAAUAGUUGAGCACACAUGACACAUGUCAGAUUACAGAUGACACUUUCUGCCACUGCUACCAUGGGAGAUAAGCAUGAAUAUAAUAACGAAGAGAAAAAUAAAAGACAUCCAACAGAAACCCACUUCCCUGUUUCCUUAAUUUGCCGUAGAAGAAAUUAAACCUAGUACAAAAUACAACCAAAUCUUGAAAAGUGUAUUAUUGUCAAAAAAGGAAAAGAAAAAAUUGAGUGCAUCAUUCAGCAUUUCCAUUGACUUAUGUCACAUCGGACCCUGCUGUAUAUGAGCAUUGGCAAGCUUUAGAUUCUAAAAGAUACCUCCACUAGUUUCCUUAUAUUCCCCUUCCUUUUUAAUAACCCCCAAAAAGUCUUGAUUAAUGUUUAAUUUAAAGAAGACUUUCCCAUCCACCGUGCUGGGAUUGAAGUCCAUGCAUCUUCAAAUUGCUGAGGUUGAUAAAUUCUUGUCUGGGGCAAAUAGCUCUGUUUUAUUUUAGGAUUGGUUUGCUUUGACUUUAUGAUGGUUUAGUGUUUCACUGCAGAAGCAGUUUACACCGCCUGACUUAUGAUAGUUACAUUAAGUCCUGUGAGAAAGAUGUCAUCACUCACUUCCUGUUGUGGUUAUUUAUAGAUUUUUCUCACCCUUUCGUUUUAUGCCCACCCUGAUUUUGCUAGCCUCAUUCUCGGCUUUCAGUUCUGCAAUGUAUUAAAUCAUAUUACAUGUAGCAUCCCCAAAUUCACUAGCCAUUUUAAUACGCAUCUUCCAAAGACAGUGCAAAUAAUCAAGCAGAACCAGGCUUUGUUUCCAAACACUGGAAAUUCUGCUCAGCCACAGCUCCGGAUUCUGUUUUUUCAAAGUACAUCUAGUUUAUUUCUAGAAACAAAUGAAUGUGCACAGGUGUGUGUGUGCGUGCAUGUGGUGUGGCUUUUGUAAAAUAAGUCUUGAUAUUCAGGAGGCUAAACUUUGUGCUCAGCAUAAAAACCCAGGAAACCACAGCCAUGCUAAAUGAAUGUUCACACAAAUGUGACAGAAAUGUACUCGUCUAAACUUGGUGCAGUUUUGACUUGAUUGUCAAGAUAUCUAAAGUAACAGAAGGUUGUAUUCAAUUGUAACACCAAGCCAUGCUUUAGUAAAGGCAAACAAGCCUUCAUUGUCAAAGGAUGCAAAUUGCCAAAAAUAGUGUUUGCAUUUCUCUUCUAAAAUAAGAUUAUAAUCCAUGAUCAACCUAUUCCUUACAAUUGUUAUUUGGUUGGCAAGCAUAAAUCAUAGUUUGCAGAUUAUGAAACAGUGGUUUCAAGAUACAUUAUGAAGGAGAAUGGAAUUCAGUUUUCCUUAUGAAUUGAGUGGUUGUUGCAUUUUAUAUUUCAUUCUAAGGAAACUUGAUCAUAUAGCUAUAUAAACAGGGACAGAUGAAUCACAAUAGAUAAUGAGAAGAGUUUUAGACCGCAACUAUUCAGUUGAUUUUUCCAUUAUAUUGCUGGAACAUGUGUUUAACCACCAUGAUGUUCAAUGCAUAUUUUAAAAUAGCCUUUCUCACUUGAGUAUCCUCUAAUACAUUGUGAUUAUAAUCCCAUGAAUUCACAGCAGGCUUAGUUUAAAUUAUGUGGGUGGCAAAGGCUUGGGGUUUUGCUAUAACAAAAGUAAUACAAAAUGCUGUUUUGAGAUCCUAAUAUUCACUUGACACUCCAAUAGUUUAUCUUCCACCUCUUAACUCCUUACGUUUGGGCAUAAUUUAGCAUGUAAUGACACAAUCAAGUUAUUCAGUUAUGAAUGAAAUCCAGUUUAUGAAAGGAAAAACAAGAGGUUAUUUCUUUAAAAUGGUAUCCUAGUUUUAAGUUUUCCCAUAAUGGCAUUAAUCCGAAUGGCAUCUAAAAUCACAGAAGAUCUCAUCUAAGCUACAGCUUUACAAUUCCUCAUUUAAACUUUCAUAGUAAGCUUUAUUUCUUCACAUGUUCAUUUUUAUUAUUUUCCCUCUGAAGCUUAUGUGACGUAUAAGCCAUAUGUGGAUGUGUGUAUGCGCAAUAACAGAUAUGCAAGUGAAAAUAAAAAUAGUACUAAGCUGGAAUAUCUAUUUACAUUUUGGUGCCACGGAGUAACUUGUUGGUCUUUAUGAAAAGACUCGAUUUUCAUGCUUGCAAAAUCUGUGUUAACAUAGAAAAGUUAUAAGGGGCAAGUUUUCAUAGAUUUGAGUUGGAAUUGGGAUUUGUUUUGUUAUGAUAAUUUGGUUUGAAUUAAUUAUUUUUAGAUCUCACUGGGUUAUCAGGAUCACGAGAGAUCUGGAAGUCUUCCUUCUGUCUCUCUCUUGUAAAACUUUUGUCCCUUCCCCAUCAAUUUUACCAGGUAAUGGUAGUGGCUGUAAUUAGGUAGCAAUGUUAUUAUGAACACUGAAUGUUAGGAGCUCAGAGAAAAUCUCUUACCUUGGCAAUAGUAUCAAUUCCACUGCUCCAGGUGCAUUGCACUCACGUAAAUUGUGUCUGGAUUCGUCAUGGGCAUUGAGCUCCUAAAAAUUGUACUUAUACCAACAUUCUGUAAUUCCUGUAGCUCUUGGAGGGUUUUUUUGCCCCACAAAAAGAUAUAUUCCAGUCCUUCCAUCCGUUUUUGGUGUAAGGAUAAAACAGUGGUUGGUGUGUAUGUGUCUAGCUGACUCUAAGACAAAUCCCAGCUUUGAGUUGAUAUUGAUCAUCUGAAAGUUAAGAUUACCAUUUUCCCCGCAAGGCAAAAUUAUCCACUUUUAGACUUCAGGCUCCAUUAGUACUGCUAAAGUUAAUCCUUCCUGAUCAAAAGAAAGCUUAUACGGCAGGGGUGUCAAACUCACGGGGUCACGUUGUCGUCACGUGGCAUAUCACGACUUCUCCCCCCCUUCGCUAAAAUAAGGGAGGCCGUGGGCAGCGCGUGAUGUAUUUGGUCUGCGGGCCGCAAGUUUGAGACCUUUUCUAAGGCACACUAGGAGGAAGAUGCUUGGCGAUCACGCACACCGAAAAGAAAAUUGUGUUUUUCUUUUUCCUGAAGUUUGCUGCGCUACAAAAGUGUUAAGAUAGUUUAGUGUGCUGCUUUAGAGAUAGGAGCUUCUGCAGCCUGAACACAAAGCCCUUCGCAACACCACUCUAAGGAAAUCAUAUUUUCUUCUUGAGGAUUUCUUCCUACAUGGAAGAACCUGGAGAAAGAGUAGGUGAAAUGAAUGGCAGAGGGGUUGGAUAAUACAGUAUUUUGUGAUAAAGGAGAAAGAAUAAAAUAUAUCAUUUUUAACCAUACAAGUUGCUGAGGACAGCACCAGAGUCAAAUGGUGCUAUAAAAUUUGCCUUUGUUCAAGGGAUAUCCAAUAAUUAAAUACAUUCAUGCUGACUAACGAAGCCUGUUGUUUAUCAACUGGAUGUCACUAUGAGCAAAAAUCAUAAUGGCAAAUGAAUCAUCUUUAAUUAUUGAUAUGAACAGAGUGCAGCCUGUAAGGCGUGAUGUGCAAGUAUGCAUAUCAUGUUAUUAGAUAUAGGUUUUGGUUAUAUAACAUCUGGACAACCAAUCAGGUGGCUUAUGGCUUACUCAAAGAGCAUUCUCAAUGCAAACUUUGAAUAAUAGAUUUGAUAUUCAGGCUAUACAUGUGUACCAUCAGAGAUCUGUUGAGCAAUGCUUGAAAAUUCCUACCAUGGCAUAAUGGAACAAGCACUCAAAUGGAUCAUUACUUAGGCUAUUAACAAUGUCGCAUAUGGCACAUUGAUCCAUAUUUCUGUUCCUGUUUUUUUCUUUGGGAAAAAAAAUAGCACGCUGUGCAAAUAUAACACGCUGCAUUUAGCUGUGGUACUGUUAAAAUAAUUGCAAUUUUUGGAUCAGAUCCAUAUCAUGAUUGUAGUUGUAUAUAUAUAUAUAUUUACAUCAAAGUAACUGAGUUUGGUGUGACUUACUUCUGAGUAAAUGUGUAGGGUUGUGCGGUAAGUUACCGAAGACUCAUUAAUUUCAGUAAGUGGUAUCUUCAUUUCAUUUAAUCUGGAUCCAACCCACUGGAUUUAUUUUCCAUUAUAUUGCAUGGUUCGGUCAAAAUUCUCCCCACCAACUUGAAUUACAUUGAUUAUUUUUUUUUUAACUAAACAUGUCCUAUCCUCAGAGAAAUGGUUACCCCGUCUGCUGUGCACAAAUAUAGCAUGUUCUUUGCUAUCACAUUUUCACUUGGAAUUAAUGAUUGCUAAUCAUAGCAUUUUUAUGUGGGCUUGCCAACAAGAGAGUACAUCUUAUGCCAUUAACCUUAUGCUUUUUGAGAUAGUGUUAUCCGCUUUUACUUAACAUACAUCUUGAUUAAUGAGAGUUUGCUUUGUCUUUAGUGCUGUAGAGGCAGCCUUUUCUUAUUUGGGGUUUUCAUGCAUAAGGGCUUUCUAAAAACAAAAAAGGGCUACAAGCUAUGAGAAGCUAAGUACAUGGAGUAGGAAAGUGCCCCCCCCCCAGGAUCACUACCCAACUCGCCUAGCUGUAGCUUAAUUUAUAUAGCUGCAAACUUUCUUUGCCUUAGCAAUGAUGCUUCACUAGCAAAUGGCCUUACAAUGAACACAUCUGCAUACUUAACAAUAUAGCGUUUGCCUAAGAUUAAUCCCAGGUGGCGUUUCAUUGGAUUGCAUUGGGUUUGGUGGUGUUGUAUGAUUUAUGUAUUGAAACCGAGUCUUUAAAGCCUUACUUUUUUUUUUUUAAAUAGAAGCAAAAUGUUAUGGGAUGUAAGGAUAUGUGUGUAUACGUAUGUAUGGGUGUAUAUAUAGAGGGAGACGUAUGUGCAUAUAUGUACAUUCACACAAAAUGUAGACAUCUGAAAUAUAAGUUUAUGUUUACGGAAAAUACUUUUGAUGAUAACAUACAGGGGUGCU